AUAGGCUCUGUGGUAAUUUGACUACUUUAAAAGGAGAUAAUACAGUAUGAGGGAUUUGACAGUUGACACUUUGCAAAUUUGAAGAUGGCCGAAAUAAACCGGAAAGUGAAAGUGGCAGAGUAUGGGUCGUGGUCCAGUCCUAUCACAGCUGAAAUAGCUGCAAGUAAUGGUGGUUUUCCUUGGCCAAAUAUUUCUGACGUACACACUUCAUUGAAUGCACAGAAUGAAGUAACCGUAUUUUGGAGUGACCUAAGGGCAACAGAAGGAGGCAGAACAGUUGUUUGUUCUUGGAAUAAAGACCAACCAGAUGUUGUGACGUGGACCCCAAAGGGAUUCAAUGCUCGGACAAAGGUUCAUGAAUAUGGUGGUGGUUCAACGUUUGUUCACAAAGGCCAUGUGUACUUCUCAAACUUUGAUGACCAAAGAAUGUAUAAGCAAACAUCUCCCACCUCCAUACCACAACCAAUAACACCGGACGGCAAAGGAUUGAGAUAUGCUGAUGGACAGAUGUGUGAGGCUGUUAUGAAGAUCAUUUGUGUUCGUGAAGAUCAUGGGGUUAUAGAGACUGGGAAAGCAAAGGAAGCUAAGAAUACCAUUGUGUCUAUUGAUCCAGAAACACAGGAACAAUUUACACUGGCCCAAGGUGCUGAUUUUUAUGCCUCUCCAAAAGUUUCUCCUGGAAUAGGGGUACUGGCUUGGGUGCAGUGGAAUCAUCCAAAUAUGCCAUGGGAUACUGUGGCACUGUGGACAGGACAACUGAGUACAGAUGGAAAAUAUUUAACUGAGGGUUCUUCUCGACAGAUUUCAUGCAAUGCAGGUGUCAGUAUAAUGAGCCCAAGAUGGACAUUGGAACAUGCCUUAUACUUCAUCUCUGACAGAUCUGGCUGGUGGAAUUUGUACAAGUACAAUUUUGACACUAGGGAUGAACAUAAUGUCUUUCCAAUUAAGAAGGAGAUUGGAAUGCCACAAAAGCUAUUUGGUCGAUGCAGUUAUGCUACACAUCCUAAAAACCCAAAAAAAUUAGCAGUUGUGUGUGGUGGGGCUAUAGGAAUCUUGGAUGCUGAGAUAGAAAAAAUGGAAACUAUCAACACAGGAUUUGUUUCCCAUCAAUAUCCGACAUUUUCACCAAGUGGAGAUAAAAUCUAUUGUAUUGGUGGCAGUACAACCAGGCCCAUCUGUUUGAUUGAGGUGGAUAUUGAAAGUAAAAAGCUGGAGAUAAUAAUGGAUACCAAGACCUGUGAUAUAGACCCAGGGUACAUUAGUGAACCUAAAGAAAUCACAUUCCCCACUGAAGAUAAUAAAGUAGCACAUGCUUACCUGUAUUUACCAAAGAACAAAGAUUUCUCAGCACCCCAGGGUUCUCUCCCACCUCUUCUUGUACAAUCUCAUGGUGGUCCCGUUGGUGCAGCCUCGCCGACGUUUGAUUUGAAGAAACAAUUCUUCACGAGCCGUGGUGUGGCUAUUUUGGAUGUUAACUACAGAGGCAGCACAGGGUAUGGCACGCCUUAUAGGAGAGAAGUCUAUGGGAACUGGGGCAAAGUCGAUGUUGAAGACUGUUGUAAUGGAGCUCUGCAUGUUGCAAACUCAAUGAAGGCUGCCGACCGGGAAAAACUGUGUAUCGAUGGUGGAUCUGCUGGUGGGUUUACAACCCUAGCUUGCCUUACACAACGAAAUGAGGUGUUUAAAGCUGGCGCAAGCAUGUAUGGUGUGUCUGAUGUUCAGGCUUUGGUUAGAGAGACACAUAAGUUUGAAAGUCGAUACAUUGACUCCUUGAUUGGACCAUUGCCAGAAUGUAUUGAGCUUUGGAAAGAAAGAUCCCCAAUUUAUCAUGUUGAUAAACUCAUCUGCCCAAUGAUAUUCUUCCAAGGUGACGAGGAUAAGGUUGUCCCACCGAAUCAAUCUGAACUUAUGUUUAAUGCUAUUAAAGAGAAGGGAAUAGCUUGUUGUUAUGUUCUUUUUGAAGGUGAGCAACACGGAUUUCGAAAAAGCGAAACCAUCAUUUCAGUCUUACAAGGAGAGUUUUGCUUCUUUGCAAACGUUUUUGGAUACAAACCAGCAGACUUCGAUUGCAAGUUGAACAUAGAAAACAUUGAAUCCGUACAAAAAUGAUUGAAUUUUAAUGGUAAAGAGUAAAGACUAAAGUUAUAUAUGGAUAUUUCACUGGUAUUUUAUUAUUUACUGCUGAGGUAUGUUUUUUAAUUGUAGCAUAUUUAGUUUUCGACGAAAUUUUACGCCAGGUGUGAAAUGAUUGCAGUAAACCCAAUUACACUUUUGAAUGUAUGAAUAAGAAUUGUUACUGUGAAGAGUGAUCGACUGACUGCAAAAAUGUUGUAAUUAGAGUUACUCUGGAAGACUUGCUCGUAGUUUGCUAAAAGCUCACUUUCUUAGCGAAAUUUCAUUUUUAGAGUAAUAACUAAUAAGGACACAAAAUUUCCAGUCAAUAUGAAUUUGAAACGUUUUAUUAUUUUACAUGUAAAAUUAAAUUAUUA